AUGGGUGUGUUUGGUGAUGAAGUGAAGUCAGUAUCAGUGAUGGAGGGAGAUUCUCUUACUCUACAAACUGAUACUAAAAUACAGAGAGAUCAUCUGAUAUUGUGGAUGUUUGGUCCUCAAGAGACUGUAAUAGCUGAAAUUAACAAAGAAGCCAAUAAGUUUUCAAUAUAUGCUGAUGUUCUUGAUGGGAGAUUCAGAGACAGACUGCAGUUAAAUGAUCAGACUGGAGAUCUCACCAUCACAAACAUCAAUACUGAAGACUCUGGACUUUAUCAUAUAAAUAUCAGAAGCAACAGAAUAACCUCACACAGAUUUAAUGUUAUUGUCUAUGCUCGCCUGCCCGUUCCGGUCAUCACCAGAAACUCUUCACAAUGUUCUUCAUCAUCAGCAAAUCCAAACUGUGUGGUGUUGUGUUCAGUGUUGAAUGUGAGAGAUGUGAGUCUGUCCUGGUACAAAGGAAACAGUUUAUUGUCCAGCAUCAGUGUGUCUGAUCUCAACAUCAGACUCUCUCUACCUCUGGAGGUUGAAUAUCAGGAUAACAACACAUACAGAUGUGUACUCAACAAUACCAUCACAAACCAAACUCAACAUCUCAACAUCACUCAUCUCUGUCAGCCGUGUUUCGAUACAAUAGGUCUCAGUACAGAUGAUGUCAUUCUGAUCUUGCGUGUUGUUGCUGCUGUUGCUCCUGGAUUUCUGAUGUCUGUCGCUUCAGUUCUGAUGUUCUGGAUCUACAGUAAAAACACAAACAAACAGCAACAGGGCAGACAAAGGGAAUUGGAUGAGGCUCUUGUCAGCAUGGUGGUGAAGGAUUUGCAGCCAUUCACCAUCGUAGAGGAUAUGGGUUUCAGGGCUUUUGUGAAUAAGCUUGAUCCAAGCUACAUCCUACCAUCCCGGAAAGCUCUGAAAAUGAUGGUCACCGAAAGGUACACCACCACCAAGGAGAAGAUGAUAAAGGACGUAGAAAAGGCAGAAUUUGUUAGCCUUACUGCUGAUAUGUGGUCUUCUAUCAAUAUGGAUGGAUACCUUGGUGUGACUUGCCACUACAUAACACCAGAGGCGAAGAUGGCAACAGUUGUACUGGGUGUAAUGAGGUUUUACCAAACCCAUACAGCCCAGCAUCUCAUGGAGGCUAAAACCUUGUUGAUGGCUGAGUGGGGAAUAACAUCCAAAGUUCAGUGCAUGGUGACAGACAAUGCUUCCAACAUGAUUUAA